AUGGGCAAGAAAGGCAGGCAAAAGUGGAAGAAGGUGCCUCAUCCAAAAAAACAUAGAACAGCAGUGCAGUCUCCCCUGGACACACAAACAGUUCAACCGGUUGCAGGUCCAUCCAUUUGGAAUGACAUGGGUGAUGAAGUCCAGGAGCUCGACCACCAGGCUUUCCACCCUCUGCCACUUCCAAGCUCCCUGGCAAGUGCAUUCAUAUGGCAAUGGACAGGCACAUUUUUCCAACAGAGCUGUCUGGCCGAUGCUGGGCUGAUCAUACAUCUGGGUCAUGAUGCAACAGGAUGUGCAGCUGCUGAUGAUCGCUGGGAUAUUUUCGAUCAGGAGGAAUCAGAAGAUGAGAUCGAUCUGGAGGACACUCCGUCGAUGUCUGCUCCUCGGUACAAGCUCAGAGGUGCAGAGAUGCUCAUUGUGGACAAGUCCGGGGCAGGACUCUUUCCAGCAUCCUUCAUCAACCCAAAGACUGUCUUCACCUUUGCUGUGCUAGAUGACUUUCUGUUGGACAAUUUGGAAUGUGGCACAUCAGUGAUGAACUACUACAGCAAGCUUCAAUGCAGCACUUCAAGUGCAUUUCCGCACCUUGUGCCGGAUCGGUACAGAGAGCUCAUGAGAGUGGCUCGCCAGUGGAGGCAGCUGAAGGCGUACAAGUGGAAUGGCUUCAGUCACGACCCAGAGCCACCAAAGCCUGGAGAGCAGGCAUUGUUUUGUCCAGCAUGCCCGCAGCCAGGAAUCAACAUUCCAUGUGGUCCCAAAGAAAACCUUGAUCAGUUGAAAUACACUCGAUCGUAUGUCAUGGAUGGAAAUUUCAAAGCAGAACAUUUGCACCCGAAGAAUCUGGAAGAUGAGGUGUGGCUCACUGAUGGGCUUGGAUUCAUGGUUGGGAAUGCAAGGUACAAAGGUCACCUGGAAGGAGCUAAAGAUACCAUAGAGAGAUCGUCAUGUAACAAUCACCGAGCUGUCAAUCAGGCCAAUGCCUCUUGGCAUAAGCUCGAGACUACUGGGAUCGGUGGAUGCGCAUGUGCCAGACAUGGAUGCUUCGUCCCUCACUCAAUGGUAGAUUUUCAGAAGGGAGAGCGACAAAUGAACAUGGACUAUGCCCUGUGUGAAGCAUUGCAGCACAACAUGCAAGGCCUGACCCGAGCGAUCACCUUCUAUGACAUAAACUGUCAAUAUCACAAGCACUUUCACCAGCGUGUGUGGAACAGCCCUUAUCUGACGGUGGACCCUGCUGUGAAGAUAGUUCCUGGCAUCGGGCUCUGGCACGUUCAUGGUCAUCAAGACAGCUGUUAUGUGAGGUAUGCUUCCAACUUCAUCGAGGGCACUGGGAGGAUCGAUGGAGAGAUCAUGGAGACUCUCUGGGCUCCUCUCAACCUCAUUUCACCAUCUUCCCGAGGGAUGUCAUCUCCUCACCAAAAGGAGUGCCUGGACUAUCAGAUGAAUGAUUGCAACUUCAUGAAGAUGAUCCGGAUGAGAAAGUCCUUGACCCAGAAAUAUAAAGAAGCCAGGGCAGGAGUGGAGGAAAGUAGGAAAGUGUUCGACACCCUCACAUCAAACGCUCCAGCAGUUGCGGUGGCAUCGUGGCUCGAUGCCGAGGUAGAAUCGCAGAGCAGGAGACUUCAAGAUCCAUUGGCUAUGGACAUUUAUGAGAUCAAGAUGGACAAAGCACCGAGCAAGAAACAAAAGGAACAUCAGCUCAUGGAGCGGAACGGUGGGCCUCAGGUGCCUGCUUCUCGUCGAGGGGUAACCACUUGGAUAUCGACCGGAUUGGCCAUAGAGGAAGCACAGAUCACUCUCCUCAUGGCAGUCCGAAGGCUCAGGACGAGACCCAGCGAGACCCAGAAAUUAGAGAUCAUGAGAAAGCAAGACCGGCUGCAAGGUCAGAUCGAUGCAUUUAAUGCCGGGGCCAUGACAUACCUCGGGGACAACUUCCUUGACCACGAGGUUGAUGAUGAAAUGGAUGACUUUGAAGACGAAGCCCUCGAUGUUGAAAUCAUGCAAGAUCCCGAUGAGGAUGAGCAUGAAGAUGAUGCUGUGGCUGAUCCCACAGCUCCUGCAUUUCCUCCAGAACUGACAGUGAUACCUUUGCCAUCAAACAUUGGAAUCGAUCGGUGUUCACAGCUGGCAAAUGAUGCCCUGCAUAAUCUCAGGCUCCACCUUUCAGACAAAGCCGUCCUCUUUCAAACAGCUGUCUGGAAAGCUGGGUCGCAAUCUCAAUUGACUCGGGCAUGGUCGCAGGUGAAGUUGGUGGAGCAGAAGGUGUCUCUAAAUGCCAGCAUAUACCAGAAGAGCCGAAAGCAAAUGAUUAAACUAGGUGUCAAGGAUCAUCUGAUGGAGAAGUAUGAACCCCUGCUUCACGAGCAACUCAAAGUCAGCACAGCGAUUGCUGAUCCCAAUGCUCGAGGACAACGAAACAAGUCCCUCACUUGGUUCUGGUCUGUCGAGUUCAAUUCAAAUGGACCCGAAGUCCUCAGUGUUCACUGGCUUCGUGCGAAAGCUCUCAGAGAUCGAUGGGCCGAGGAGUUCACUGUGAUCGAGCAUGAAAUGGACUGGACAUGCACAUUCUUCCUGCACAAGUCCUGGACAUGGGUGGACCAGAAGACAGUUUCCGAGGCAAUGGGCCUUUGA